AUGGCCCUCCCUGAACUAAUGGCAUUUAUUGCUAUCCUCAUCUUGCGGGGGCUGACCAAGGUUCCAUCAAUGAGUGACUGCUGGUCAGCAAACCUGGGAAACCCCCAGAUCAUUGCAACCAUGUCCCAAAAUCGCUUCAAAGACAUCAUGCAACACCUACGCUUUGAUGAUAGGGACACCCACAGUGAGCGCACAAAGACUGACAAGUUUGCUGCAAUUUCUGCCGUGUGGUCAUCAUUUGUCACCAACUGCAUCACAUCCUACAACCCUGGUCGACACAUCACCAUUGACGAACAGCUUUUCCUGUCAAAGACUCGCUGCUGUUUCCUGCAGUACAUUGCAACAAAACCUGACAAGUUUGGGAUCAAGUUUUGGGUGGCUUGUGACUUGAAAUCCAAGUACACCUGCGAUGUCCUCCCAUAUCUUGGCAAGGAUACCAGUCGUCCCAGUGGGGAGAGACUGUCUGAGAACGUAGUUUUGAGGUUGAUGAAACCAUUCCUGGACAAGCGCAGGAAUGUUACCACAGACAAUUUCUUCACAUUGCGGUCAGUUGCGCAAAGACUGCUUAGGCAGAAAACCACCAUCCUAAGCACAGUCAACAAGAUUGGCCGAGAAAUUCCACAAUCAUCUAGACAGAGGCACUGCAAUGAAUUCACCACUCAAGUGUUUUCAACCACUGGAGCCAUACUUACGGUGUAUGCGCCCAAACAGGAGAAGACGGUCUACGUUUUCAGCAGCAUGCACAGCGUGGUUCAGACUGAGAAUACCACUAAAAGGAAGCCAAACACCAUCACCCUUUACAAUACUACAAAGUGCGGCAUGGAUUUGAUGGACCAGAUGGUGCGGGAGUUCACUGUCCACACAGGAACACAGCGCUGGCCAGUCGCUGUGUUCUAUAACAUGAUUGAUAAGGCAGUAUUGAAUGCACAUGUGCUGUAUCAAGCACGCACUGGGAGGCAGGAUAGAUGGGUGGACUUCCUGGUGGAGCUUGCAAGAGAGUUGGCUAACUCUCAUGAGGGUGUGAAGAAGGCACGAAAGGAAGAAUUACUUCGGCAACAACCCUCCACACCUAGCCCUGGGAAAAGAGCCAUAUGCCAGGUUAAAAAUCAAUGUAAGAACAAUCAUGCCACUGUGCGAUGUGUUGAAUGCUACAGAUACACAUGUGGAAAAUGCAGAAGGGAGAUACCAUUGCAGUGCCAGGAUUGUAAGUGA